GCAGGGUAGGGAGGAUGUUACAGAGUUGAGAUGGUCAGUGUAGGGCCUGGUGGUGCAGAUUAGUGAGACGCGAUGAUUAACCGUUGAGUUUCAUGAGUGAUGAGAAUGACUUCUGGGCGGCGAUGAAGGGAUGAAGUGUGGUAGGGAGGCUGGUGACAGCCUCGUCUCUAAUAGCAAUAAUGUUACCGGGGACUGAUGCCCUCACAGAAAUACCUGAGAUGAAUUAUCGCUUGCACAAUCGCUCCAACUCCUACCCAGAAACCUAGCAACAAUCUAUACCAAACACACCUCUCCGCCAGUCUCCACAGCCGAUAAUACGUUGACAAGUUUACUGUUGGUGAGCUUGUCGUUGCUGCAGCAGGGGACUCUCCCAUUGGAAAUACACAGCCAACUGUCCGGUACGGAUAGCAGCAGACUCAAAUAGGAACCAUGAACGUGAGCUACCUUACAGUUAUCGCGUUAUUACUGUGCUUCGACUAUGGAAGAUGCACGACCUCUGCCACGGAAUCAAGUACAACGGAUCCCACUUCAACAUCGCCGAUGACAUCUACUGAUGCCACAGCUUCGACGACGACCGCCGCCACCACAUCUGUAACUACUGCAGCAACUGAUACAGCAUCAACCGCAGGCACGACUGCUGGGACGACCGCGUCUACCAGCGCUGGUGGGUCCACCACGUCAACUGCCGCCGUCACUUCGUCAACUGCCACCACCGCCGCUGGAUCCACCUCGUCAACUGCCACCACCGCCGCUGGAUCCACCUCGUCAACUGCCACCACCGCCGCUGGAUCCACCUCGUCAACUGCCACCACCGCCGCUGGAUCCACCUCGUCAACUGCCACCACCGCCGCUGGAUCCACCUCGUCAACUGCCGCCACCUCGUCAAGUGCCGCCACCGCUGGAGACACCUCGUCAAGUGCCGCCACCGCUGGAGACACUUCGUCAACUGCAGCCGCAUCAACAUCGACUCAGGCACCAACUACUGUUGAGUGUUUUAACAGCACUUGUACUGGCGAUGGCUGCCCUGCAAACAUAACAAGAGACAAUGGGACGUGCAUGGGGACUGCAUGCAAGCUUCAGUUGGACAAGACCAGUAACACCAAGACCUACACGAUGUCGUGCUCUGGCACAAACUGUCCCUACCUUGCAUCCAACAGCCAAACGGAGUGGAAUUGCUGCGUCAGCAACUACUGUAACAACAACACCGCCAUCUUAAUCUUCAGUUCGGGGAUGGCAGUUUCUCCUCACAUUGGCUGGACGUUUUUGUCUCUUGCUGUAACUGCUUUGUCACUGAUAAGGAUUUAAUUUCUCAAAUGGCAACCGGGCACUGGGCUCACAAAGUAGCAUAUUCAAAACAUUACUUUCGAAAAAGGUUGUUUUUUGCUUUUGCGGAAUUUAAAUCCUUUUUUCGUUCUUUGUUUCAUUUUUCAGUCUACUGACUGACUGAGUUUAGUUUUACACCGCUUUUAGCAAUAUUCCAGCAAUAUCACGGCGGGGGACACCAGAAAUGGGCUUAACACAUUUUUUCAGUCUAGGUUAUACUGGUGAAAUAAUUCACAAUAACUAUAUCUUUGAAUCAUGUAUUUUCCCUAUGUUGGUCUAUUCCAAAGUUAACUUAAGUUAGUUUAAAUUUCCGGGGAUAUAUUAUAUAUUAAUUUUUCAAAAAAGUUAAUUGAUAUCACCCCCUCCUGGGCAUUCAGAUUUCUGAAAGAUGAAGAAAAAUAUAUUUGUGGCAAAAUGUAAGUUUUAGAAUAUACAAAUAUGUACCUUGAUGGUUGCUAACUUCAAAAUAUUUGUUAAUUGUUGUUAUUUAGUUAUAUCUGUUUACGAUUUCUGCUUUGAUCUCGUUGUUAAGCGAAUAUGUUGUAUAUAUUUGUUUGAAGUGACAAGAGCAAUUGCUCGCUGAACUAUGUGGUUUUGAGAAUCUAAGCGUGUAUUGAUCUGCGUCUGAGGGUGUACUUUAAAUGAUAUACUCUUGGCAAAUUUUACUUGUAAAUAAUUCUGCAGUUAUGUUUAUUAAAUAUUUGCUUUUGAUUACGUUUGAUAGCCUGAAUAAGUCGCUUUAUCCCGCCAUCUCUGCAAAAAUCUGUCAUAGACGAUUCAAACUCCAUAUUAAGAGUUUAGAGUUUGAGUAUCGCGCUCCAUUUUC